AUGAAUUAUUGCUUCAAAUGUCAAGAAACUCAAUUCCCAAAUAAGAACAGAGACCAAUGCAUUCCCAAGAUUCUCCAUUUCCUCUCUUUCUCAGAACCCCUGGGGAUCUGUUUAGCAGUCUUGGCUCUCUCUUUUUCUUUGAUCACAGCUCUGAUUCUUGGAGUCUUCACAAAACAUUGGGACACUCCCAUUGUCAAAGCCAACAAUCAGGACCUAACAUGCUCUCUGCUCAUCAGCCUUUUUCUCUGCUUUCUCUGCUCCUUGCUAUUCAUCGCCAAGCCUCACAUUGUGACCUGCUACUUACGACAAACUACUUUUGGCAUUCUCUUCUCAUUUGCUGUGUCUUGUGUGUUGGCAAAAACCAUCACAGUGGUUCUGGCUUUCAUGGCCACGAAACCAGGAUCCAGGAUGAGGAAAUGGGUGGGGAAAACAUUCACAAACUCUAUUCUGCUUGCCUGUUCCUUUAUACAAACCUGCAUUUGUACUGUAUGGCUCAGUACUGCUCCGCCAUUUCUAGAGUUUGACAUGUACUCAAUGAAUGAAGAAAUUGUAGUAAAAUGCAAUGAAGGUUCAAUUUCAAUGUUUUAUUGUGUCCUUGGUUACUUGGGAUUUCUGGCUAGUGUUAGCUUUGCCGUGGCUUUCCAGGCCAGAAAGUUGCCAGACAGUUUCAAUGAAGCGAAGUUCAUCACUUUCAGCAUGUUGGUGUUUUGCAGUGUUUGGUUGUCCUUUGUUCCCUCUUACCUGAGCACCAAGGGGAAAUACAUGGUGGCUGUGGAGAUCUUCUCCAUCUUGGCCUCCAGUGCUGGGUUAUUGGGAUGCAUCUUUUCCCCAAAAUGCUACAUAAUUAUCAUGAGGCCUGACUUUAACAGCAAAAACCAGAUAAUUUGCAGAAAUCAAUAA